AUGGCUUACGUUUCACCGGAUAGCAUCCAGGUUGCUUCCCUAUUAGGCCUUUACCUAUGGGACGCCAUCGACGGUCUUCAAAGCAAAUACUACGCGAAAAAAUACAAGCCAUUCCCCAUCCCUCCGCCGGACCAAGCUCGCUACAGCUCAAGAAAUGUAUCCAUAGUCUGUCCUACAAUCGAUUGGGACGAUGACUUGCCUAGGAACCUCAUGACCUGGCUAACAACCAGUCCCCGCGAAGUGAUUUUCGUCACUCUCGAGACCACAGCAUUAAAACUACAAGACGCGCUGGAGUCGGCUCCGGGUCUUCAGGAUGCCGUAUUCUCCAGCGGAACGACCAUAGACAUCGUCACGGUACAGGAAGCCAAUAAACGAAGCCAACUUUGCCGCGGAAUUAAUGGAGCAAGAGGUGAGAUCCUUUGCCUAGUUGAUGACGACGCGAGAUGGACUACCGACCAAGUUCUGACACAGUUGCUAGCUCCUUUUCAGAACGAUGAUGUUGGCCUUGUCGGCGGACCUAUCGGAUCGUAUGUCCCCAAUGAUAGACAGAAUUCCAACGUUAUCACGCCCUGGGAGGUUGCCGCUCUCCGUAUCCGAUCACGUCGAGCUCCUGGCAUGGCAGCGUUCUUUGCCGCGGACGAAUCCACAAACUUUACUGUCUCGGGCCUUACGAUGCUUUUACGGGCGGAGAUUGUCAAAGAUCCGUAUUUUCAGUAUCUUUUCACCCACGACUUAUGGGACGGGAUGAGGCAGAACACAGGCGACGACGGCUUCAUCACACGUUACGUACUCUUCCAACAUCAUCUGAGCCACCGUAGUUAUUCUACCCUUUCACCAAAGCAGUGGAAAUUGGGAAUGCAGCUAACUCCAGAAGCCGAAGUUCAAACUUCUCUGCUAACGGAUAGAAGAUACGCUGCCCAGAGUAAACGCUGGUUCAGAUCAGGUCUCCGUCUUCGACUCACCUGCCUCCUCUAUGAACCGGGGUUCGUGGGAAUGCGAAAUACUGCGCCUUAUAUGGCACGUAAGAUGAUGGGAGGAAUGGCAAACCCAAUAUUCUCCGCGAUUCGCUUCUAUCUAUGGAUGUAUCUAUGGUUUACUCACCCUUACAUCUCCUUGGCUUUAAUGUUAUACGUCCUUCGUAGUUGGAAAACGAGCCUUGGAGGGUUUUCCAGUCAGUAUCCGUACUGCGACAAGAAAAUAUGGGCAGCCAUGCUCGCCGACAACUUGUACCUCAUUACUGAUAUAUACUCGUACUUGACUCUUUCUCGAGAAAGUUGGACGAAUCGAUCAAGUGUGGUGGGAGUUCUUGAAUAA